AUGGAAAACGACAAGGGUCAAUUGGUCGAACUUUACGUCCCCAGAAAGUGCUCCGCCACUAACAGAAUCAUCAAGGCUAAGGACCACGCCGCCGUGCAAAUCAACAUCGCCAACGUUGACGAAGAAGGCAGAGCCAUCCAAGGUUCCAACACCACCUACGCUCUUUGCGGUUACAUCAGAUCGAGAGGUGAAGCUGACGACUCGUUGAACAGAUUGGCCCAAGAAGAUGGCUUGUUGAAGAACGUCUGGUCUUACUCUCGUUAA